AUGCUCAAAUACAUUAGUGCGCUGUUUUGCGCACUACUAGUGUUAUCUGUAUUAGAACCAAUUAAUGGUGGAAAAUAUGGUGGCAGCAGAGGUGGUAGCAGAGGUGGUGGAUCUCAUAGUUAUCCAUCAUCACACGGACUCUCGGGCUCAGGUAGCCGUGGCGGCCUUUCCGGUGGGCACGGAUACCCUUCUUCUGGUGGUAGUCAUGGGUAUCCGUCUGGUGGUAGUCAUGGGUAUCCGUCUGGUGGUAGUCGUGGUGGAUUAUCUGGAUCGGGAGGAGGUCAUGGAUAUCCAUCAUCUGGAGGAAUGUCAGGAGGAGGUAGCAAGUAUCCGCCGUCAGGAGGAAUAUCAGGCGGAGGUAGCAGGUAUCCAUCAUCAGGAAAUAGUGGGUACCCAUCUGGAGGAAAAGCUUCAUAUCCUUCAUCAGGUAGUGGAUUAUCAGGAUCAAGCUCUUAUCCCAGUAAAAACAAUUACGGCAGCCACACCACAAUUCAUAACCAUUAUCAUUAUACUCCACCUCGUCAGAUAACAUAUGCAGCGCCAGGCCAAAGGCCGGUAUCGUAUCCAGUUUAUCAUGGUACGCCUCCUACAUAUGUGUAUCAAUAUAAGGAUUCUGGAAGUAAAUACGGUUCAUUGUUAGCUGGAUUGGCGCUCCUCAAUUUAGGCACGUUAGCUGGUGUAGCAUAUGCAGGUAGUCGCAGUAGUUCUAACUACAAGCCACAGCCAGGUGAAAUAUGUAAAUUUGCAGUACGUAAAUCUAACGGUGAUUACGAAGAAACGAAAAUUGAUUGCCAAUUAAUAACAAGUUUCAUAUUCGAGGAAGAAGCUAAAGCUGCAAGGAGUUCCGGCGCUAAAAAUUCAACAAUUGUAACGACAACUGUUACGAAUGUCACUGUAGUGAACACAACCAAUGGAAAUGCACCAAGUCCGACGUCGCCGCCGACAACCCUUUACCAAAUGUUACCUAAUGGCACUUUAGUGCCAGUCAACAUGACUCAUCUUCACGAUGCCUCGCCAACUAUGUUACCGAAUGGUACGGCGUCGAACCCGAUGAAUUCAUCUAUGACCAUCACUACCACUACCACAAACACUACAGUUGUGAAUGCUCUAGACGUCAAAGGAAAAGAAAUUGAAGUUACACCGGGUAUGGAGUGUUUCGUCAUAAGGCAUACCCCGUCAUCAAAUAUGAGGAAACAUAUUUCUUGUGGUCUGUUACAGACUUAUGCUAGUCAGUCGCUAAAAAAGAACUCGGCGGUGCGAAACAUACCUACUUUCACUAUACUGUUUGCUAUCGCUGCAUUUGCACUAUACUAG